AUGGCCUCUGUUGCGUUGACUUCUCUUGGUGCAACAUUGGAGCUGGAGUUUCUGCAACCCAAUCCUCCAAGGGUUGAUCUUAGUGAUGCAGCAUCCAUAUGUAUCAAUUCUUUGUUUGAAAAGAUUUCAUCUUUGCAAGCUUUUGUGCAAGAGAAAUCUGCAACCAGAGAUUUGGAGAUGAAGAUCAGAGACUUUGCACUGGAAGCCGAAGAUCAUAUCGAAAUACAAUUCAGCAACUUUCUUCUGGCCAAGAACGCAGAGGAUCAACAAAAUGCUUCUCAGAAACUACAGAAGAUCUUCCGAGAAGCUACAGAAAAAGCAGCAGAGUUGCUGAAACUUAGCAGCAGCAGCAUAAGCAAAGAAGCAGUGAAGAAUGGAAGUGAAGGAGCAGUGAUUCCUUGGAUAAAACAUUCUCCGGUGAUGCUUGAGGGGGGCACAAUGGUGGGUCGUCGCGGUGAUCAUAUGCUGAUAGUUGAUAAACUCAUCCCCAAUGUUCACGAGUUUGGAUGUUAUGGUCAGUUGUUGACUUCGUUCAAAGUAAUCACAAUUGUUGGUAUGACCGGUAUAGGAAAAACAACUUUAGCUACAAGUGUCUAUAAUGAUCCAAAGGUUGCAUCCCGCUUUGAUGUACGAGGUUGGGUUACCAUGUCUCGGGAAUACAACAAGACCCAAAUGCUACACGACCUUCUUUGGACACUAACAAAGGAGGAUGAUGAUGAUGAUGAUGAUGAUGAUGAUGAUGAUGUAGUAGCUACACAGGUAUACAACUUCUUGAGAGGUAAGAGGUUUCUAAUUGUUGUGGAUAACUUAUGCAACACUCAAGCUUGGUAUGAUAUAAGAAGAUGUCUUCCUGCUGAAGAAGAUAAUUCAAGUCGCGUAGUGCGCACAACGCUUUUAAGAAGGGAUUUCGGUGAGAAAUAUUACUCCAAAAAUUACUAUGUCCAUCACAUGUCUUUGCUAAAUCCAGAAGAAAGUUGGGAAUUGUUUUGCAAUAACUCUUUUAUAGAACGACAUAUGGCAUCUAAAUUUAAAAAAAUUAGGAGCCAAGUUGUAGAGAUAUGUGAAGGAUUGCCGCACUCAAUACUUGUAGUUGCAAAGCGUCUAUCUAAGUGUGGCAACAUACAAGAAGAAUGGAAGAAGGUUGAAAAGGAAAUAGAGUUGCUUGGAGUUCUAGAUAGAAGGGCACUCACCCUCACCUACAAUCAAUUGCCAGAACAUUUAAAAGUUUGCUUUUUAUAUUUUGCAGUCUUUCCAAAACGUAGUGCAAUCAAAGUGAAACUAAUAAUUAGGUUAUGGAUUGCUGAGGGAUUUAUUAAGCCAUUGGGGUAUAAGGAGUUAGAAAAGCAAGCUUAUGAGUAUUUAAAAGAGCUUAUUGAUAGAAGUCUUAUUCUAAUUGACAAUUGGAGUACUUCUAUAAAAAAUAAGAAUUGUGCUUAUAAAGAGGCCAUUUUUUUCUUUCAAGAAGAUGUUGAAAUAUAUGUGUCUUUCAAGUUGCUAAGAGUUUUGACUUUUGUUCCAUCUUCAUUUCUUCAAAGAGUUCCAUCACGCUUACAAGAUUUAAUUUUUUUGAGAUACCUAUCUGUUACAGAAUGGUUUAAGGGUCUUGAGUAUGUAGUGUCAAACAAUGAAAACUUGCAGACACUUGUUGUUUCUAGUAAAGAAUCCCAACUUGGAACACCUACUAUUCAUUUGCCUUCAACAAUUUGGGAGUUACCGCAGUUACGACAUCUUGAACUUGACAAAUCUUAUGUGAUUGAUCCUCCAAACUUGGAUAAAGAUAAUAUGCAAACAUUAUUUUGGGUGUGUCCAACGCAUUGCAGAACAGGAGUACAUUGCAGGUUUCCAAACAUUAAAGAUUUGAAAAUCUUUGUUUCUGGAAGCAAUCCAAUUACUUUGGAUAAUCUUGAAUGUUUGGAACGACUUGAGAUGCUAACAAUUUCAGUUUUGUUAGGCCAUGUUCUAACCCUUCCAAAACCGUUUGUGUUUCCUUCACUUCUAAGGAAGUUGAGCUUGAAUGGUAUUAACCUUUCGGAGAGGGAUUUAACGGUAAUUGGCAUGUUACCUAAGCUUGGAGUUCUCAAGUUGAAAAAUGUCUUUUAUGGGAAAGUAUGGGAAGUAGAAGAAAGUCGAUUUCGUAGUUUAGAAUUCUUGCUUAUUGAAGAUAAAACGCUCAAGCAAUGGAGAGCUCAUGAAGAUUCGUUUCGUUGUAUUGAGCGCUUAGUCCUAAGAUUUUGUUAUUGUUUGAAAAAAAUCCCUCAUACUAUGAAACAUAUUUGGUCCUUGAAGUCAAUUGAGUUCCAGCAGUGUUGUCCUUCCGUUGUCACUUCUGCAGAGGAUAUCCAACGCGAAUCUUACAGACGCCAUACUUUUGAGAUCAAAAUCGUGGGACCUGAAUAUGGAGAUGAAUCACAAUAUACAGACAUAGAAGAGUCUAUUCUUUCAGAUGAUGAAUCAGAGUGUACACAAACACAAGAGUUUAUACCUUCAGAUGAUGAAUGACGAUGACAAUUAAGCUAAUGUAUGGAUGCAAGAUAGAAUUGAUCGAAUCACAAAAAUUAACCGAUAAUGCUGUGAAGAAUCGGUUCACGACCCUCUGCAAAAAGAGAGCGAAGAACGAGGAGGAAUUAGCGAAAGAAAACAGUAAUUCAUCCAUUAAUAUAAUAGGAGGGUUAUCUUUCCAAGUUGGUUCAACAGUGAUAGCAUUUCAGAAUCUGCAGUGCCCCUUAAGAAGCAAAGGCAACCUGCUUUAUCGGAAGAGUCUGCAGGCAGCUCGGAGUAUAGCACUGGAUCAACUUUACUAGCUCACGGGGUUGGUGAUAAUAGAGAAAAGAGCUAAGAUGAGCUAUGUGCAUUGCAUCAGGAUAUUGAAUCGGGAUUACAAUCAACCCACAUUGAUGAUGAAUUUGCAAAAGGAAUUUCUGGCAAUAAUGUCUAGACGACUUCUCAAGUCGAUACGUUCCCAGCUUGUGACAAAGUUAAUCCCGUUAAUGAGACUAUAUGUGAGUAUUCAAACGAAGAAUGUUGUUCCCAUCUUCAAGUAACCCCGAUGUUCAGAUCACUAGCAGCAGCUAUUCCCAGCCCGAAAUUUUCAGAAAGUGAGAGACAAUUCCUACUAAAAACGCUUGGAAUGGACUCUACGUCUCCGAAUCCAAGCAUCAAUCCUUCUCAUCCUCCAUCGUGCAAGAGGGACCUCCUCCAUAGUUUAUGACAAAACUUACCAACCAAUCUCAUGCAUAUUCUGCGGGGCUCAACCACCAUGACUUUUCGUCCAAAAAUUUCAAACAUGUGUAGAUUAUUUUUUAAGCCAGUUUUCCGUUGGAUUGCAGUCAUUAUGACCUGAGUUUUUACAAAGAGGCCAUGAAGAUCUGGUCCCAAAGACCACAAUC